CUGACCCGGAUGCUGAUCGAGACGUGUUACCGGGCGCUGCUGAACAUGCUGACGUCACGCGCGGAUGAGACCAGCCGCCACCAGCGGCUUCACGACAAGCAGCUGCGCGUCGAGUCCAUCCUGGCUACGCUGAGGGAGCAGGGCGCCGGCGACGACCAGCUGGCAGAGGUGGAGGAGGCGCUGACCGAGCCGGAGCGGGCCGAGCUGGCGCGGGCGGCGGCCGUCACCGACAAGCUGUCGCUGGCAGAGCUGCAGCUCGACCAGACCCUCUUCCUGCUGCAGACCUGCCUGAAGUACAGUGCCAUGAAGUGACCACGCGCAAUAUACGGCGGACGGCA